AUGGCCAACAUACGUCCGCUUAGCGCCGAGCUGCGCCACAUAGCCGAAACGGAGCUGAACGAGGUGGAGGCGCGUCUGCCAGAGGAUAUAGCAACGCUACGUGAGUGGCUGGCCAAGCAGCCGCAUUUGAAAUCACGUGACGAUGAGCAGUUUCUGGUGGCUUUUCUACGUGGCUGCAAGUUUAGUCUGGAGAAGGCCAAGUCCAAGCUGGAUCACUUCUAUACAAUCAAGACCAUGAUGCCCGAGCUGUUUGCCAAUCGCCAACUGGAUGACAAAACGCUAGCGCUUUGCCGCACUGGCACCUAUCUGCGUUUGCCCAAGCCCUUGGGGCCGGGUGGUCCACGCAUACAGCUAACGGACUAUGCCAAGUUCGAUCCCAAAGUGUUUAAGCUGCUCGAUUUGUUUCGCUAUCAGACUGCGCUGCUGGAGCGCCAAAUACGCGAGGAUGACAACAGCAUUAUUAGCGGCUAUGUGGAAAUAUUGGACUUGUCCAAAAUGAGUCUCAGCUUUCUGGCCCAAAUGGACUUUCCGCUGUUUAAGAAAAUGGGCGUCUUUGCCGAAAAGGCGCAGCCGACGCGCGUCAAAGGCAUACACUUGGUUAACUGCCCCAAAGAGGCGGUAACAGUGCUCAACUUGGCCAAAAGCUUAAUGCCAACAAAGCUGCAGCAACGUUUCUACAUCUACAAGAACCUGGAGGAGCUGUAUAAGGUAAUUCCACGCGAGUAUUUGCCUGAGGAAUAUGGCGGCAGCAAUGGACGCAUUGCAGAGAUUAUAGCACAAAUGGAGUCAGAUAUACGCGCCUAUACGGAUUAUCUACAGCAGGAUAGUCAAUAUGGUGUCAAUGAGCAGCUGCGUCCUGGCAAGCGCCUGAAUCCCGAUACGCUCUUUGGCAUUGAGGGCUCUUUUCGUAAAUUGGAUAUUGAUUAACUAACUG